AUGUCAUUCCGUGGCUUCAGAGAUACCCCCCAGAGAAGGGAAGGUGGGCCGACAAGAACUCAAGGAAGAAGCGACGCAAAAGCCAUCAUUUACUUACCACCAGGUGGGAAAGUUCCCCCUCCCGAUCCCACCGUAAGGAGAAUCGAAGACGGAAUUCAGAAAGCAACCGCAGAUCCCUUGACUCUUAGCAAGCUCCAACUGAAUUCUGAAUACCUUCCUCGCCCAGGGUAUGGAACGAAAGGAAGGCCGGUGACUCUAUGGGCGAAUUACUUUCAUAUCACUCCGGACCCCAAUCUAGUCUUCUACAGAUACGCUAUUGAUGUGAGACCCGCUGCAUCUGGCAGGAAGCUGGCCCAAAUCGUUAGAUUGGUGCUCGAGGCGCCAGAGAUUACCUCGAUGGCGGCCGACCUAGUCACCGACUUCAAAUCUACCAUCAUAUCACGGGUAAGAUUGCCGUUGGCAAAUAAUGCAAUCAUCGUACCCGUGCUGUACCGAAAUGAACAAGAGGACGAGCCCACUGAGGACGCCACUCAGUACAGAGCCCGCAUCUUAUACACCAAUACGCUACGGGUCAUGGAGUUGAUAGAGUAUCUCACGUCAACCAACUUUAGCCAAUAUGAUGAAAAGCUCCCCAUGAUCCAAGCGCUGAAUAUCCUUCUGAAUCAUUACCCCAAGACAUCUCCGGACCUUGUCUCGCGUGGUGGUAAUAGAGCUAAUAGAAGCUUUCCACUUAGCAACAAGGCUUCACAGUCAGACAAGGCGCGUCUACUUGGAGGGCUAAUAGCAAUUCGUGGGUUCUUUUCGAGUGUCAGACUCGCCGCGGGUAGGGUCCUGGUUAACGUAAACGUUAGCCAUGGAGUAUUCUACAACAGCGGAAGUCUGAUUGUCUUCAUGGAUACAUUUCAAAAGGCAAAUGGCAAGAGCCUGCCUGCCUUGAACGAAGUACUGCAUGGUAUCCGGGGACGCACACUCCAUCUACCCGAAAGGAGAAACCGAAGCGGCGAGCUUAUCAUCAGGUCUAAGACGGUUCAUUCUCUUGCAAGGCGUGGCGAUGGUACGGACCUGCCGGGGGCAAGACGACCCGAGAUACACUCAUUUGGCGCUGGCUCUAAAGGUGUAAAGUUCUGGCUAGAACCUCGCCAACUGGGAUCGAAGAAGAAGAAACGCCAGCAAUCAGGACCCGCAGCAUCACCAGCUGGCCCCGCGAGGUUGAUUAGCGUGUAUGAUUACUUUCUGGAAACGUACAACAUCCGAGACCAACGGCCGGAUUUGCCUGUCAUCAAUAUUAGUACACGGGGCAGUCCGAUAUACCUAUUGGCACAAGUGUUCGAGAUACUUCCGGGCCAGGUCCACAACGGAAAGUUGUCCCCCGCCCAGACGCAAGACAUGAUCAAAUUUGCCACACGAUUCGAUAUAUCCACGGCGAGACAGCUGAUCACCGUCGAGGGGCGGAUCUUGGACCAGCCAAAUAUUAUGUAUCGGGGGAAUUCCACUGUGAAGCAAUUUCCAGGCUCCUGGAAUCUGAUCAGCACCAAAUUCAACAUCCCUGGUCAACGGCUGCGUAAAUGGUCGUAUCUUCUGCUCUCGGAUAAGGAAGUGCAAGAAACCUUUCCCGACGUGAAAAGUUUCCAACCAGUUGUCAACAAGCUCCAGGCUGCCCUUCUCGACACCGGUGUUCUGGUAGACGCGCCCCUCAUCGGAAAGAUAAUCAAAGUGGAUAAGGAUAAAACAAAGGAUCUUGAUAAUGUGCUUCAAAGAGCAGCCGAAAAUUUAGACCUCCUCUACAUUAUCUUGCCUGAGAAGGACAGUCGCUGGUACCCAGUAAUCAAACGACUGUGCGAUGUGGAGUACGGGUUGCAGACAAUUUGCAGUGUUGGUUCUAAGCUGGUUGCCAAGAAAGGUCAAACGCGGGAUCAAUAUGACAAGGCCCUGGAUCAGUAUAUGAGGAAUGUGGCAAUGAAGUUCAACCUGAAGCUGGGCGGGACGAAUCAUGCUGUGGACGAUCUCCGUUCAAGUAUCAUCACUGAAGACAAGACCAUGAUUAUUGGACUGGAUGUAACACAUCCAACCGGGUCUUCGCAAGGCUUUUCAGUCACUGCACCUAGCGUGGCAGCGAUGGUUGCCAGCAUCGACAAAGGACUCGGACAAUGGCCUGCAACUAUUCAGCUCCAGUCCCGUGGAGGAAAGGAAGAAAUCGACAGCUUGGAUAUUAUGUUGAAGCGGCAUCUUAGGCUAUGGAGACUCCUCGGAAAGCACGCAUCAUUCCCCGAGAACAUUAUCGUCUUCCGUGAUGGAAUCUCAGAAGGCCAGUAUAUGAAGUGCUUGACGGAAGAGCUGCCGCUACUGCGCAAGGCCUGCCGGGAAGUCUAUCCAAAGGAGAUGCAAGAGAAGAACCUUCCCAAUUUCACCAUCAUCGUUGUCAGCAAGCGUCAUCAUACGCGCUUUUACCCAACUGAAGUACAAACGGCCGACAGGAACGGGAAUACGCCGCCGUGUACGAUCGUCGAUCGAUGCAUCACGGAUCCCCAUUGCUUCAGCUUCUUUCUCCAGCCUCAUUCCGCUAUCCAUGGAACUGCCCGCAACGCCUUCUAUUUUGUGAUCCUAGACGAGGUUUUCCGCCAGCGAUAUAAGAGAAAGCUUCCCCCGAAAUAUAAGAAUAUCGCUGAAGUUGUGCAAGUUCUGACUUUGAACCUGAGUUACCUAGUUGGCCGUGCUACAAAGGGUGUUAGAGUCUGUUGCCCUGCACGGUAUGCCGACCUGGUCUGUGACCGCGCCAGAUGCUACUUGAGCCAAUUUUAUGAACCGGCAUCCGAGGCUUCAUCAGUGGCCAGUGGUGCUAGUACGAUGCAAGCGACAAACAAGGAUGUUCUUGUCAAUGAGAAGAUUCGGAACACGAUGUUCUACAUCUGA